UACAUUUAUUUAUUUUUCACAAUGGCUUCCAAGAAGUUUUUCUCUACUCUUGCUCUUUUCCUUUCCCUUAACCUAAUUUUCUUCACAUUUGUUUCAAGUUGUAACACUUGCCCUAAACCUAAACCAAAGCCAUCAUGUCCACCACCACCACCAUAUGAACCAAAAUACAAAACUUGUCCAAUUGAUACCUUAAAAUUAGGUGUUUGUGCAGAUGUUCUUGGAUUAGUUAAUGUUGUUGUUGGUUCACCACCAGUCACACCUUGUUGUAGUCUUAUUUCUGGACUUGCUGAUGUUGAGGCUGCCCUUUGUCUUUGUACUGCUCUUAAGGCUAAUGUUUUAGGGAUUAACCUUAAUGUCCCUAUUUCAUUAAGCUUGCUUCUUAAUGUUUGCUCCAAGAAAGUUCCCUAUGGAUUCCAAUGUCCUAAUUAGUUGAAUUGUUUCUUUUAAAGUUUUAAGAUUGGUAACAUCAGCACCGACGUUUUUUAAUUCAUUCGUGAAUAAUAAUUUAAGGGUGUUUCCCUUUUCAUUGUAAUUUUUAUUUUGGUGGGGGUGGGGAUUGGAAUGGAAUUGUGGGUUGUGCCUAAGUGUUGAUUGGUAAGUGUCUUAUUUAUCAAUUGAAAGUUGUUUAUGGUUAAGAAUGUAUUCAAGUUUAUUUUCUGGGAGAAAAGAAUAAUAUAAUUUCUACAUAUUUUUGCAUA